AGAACUCUUCACCGCACAAGUUACCCGGAAAUCGAUCCCGCCAACCCGGACAACUCUGCAUCGGGAAAAUCAGUGGUCAUCAGCGGCGGCGCAACUGGGAUUGGGCUUAACAUUGCUCGCGCCUUCGCAGCUGUCGGAGCCACUACUAUAAUUCUUCUGGCUCGCCGCCAGGAGGUCUUGGACGAAGCAUUCGCAACACUGCGUGCAGUGAAUCUUAAGCGCAAAAUUGAGGUAUGGACAUAUUGCUUCGACAUCCGCAAUGCAGCAGCCACAGAGGAUGUGUUCACCGCAAUUCGGAUGCGCUUGGGCAAAGACAUGGACAUCCUCGUCACGAGCGCUGCCAUGGCAGCACAAGGAGACACAACUCUCGAGUCGUCCACUCGUCCUCGGACUCCUGGUCGAUCAAAAAUCAUUCUUGACGUUACGAUUGUAUCGGCCUACAUGCAACUUCCAGGACGGGCCAUGUACAGCGCAAGCAAGGCAGCCUUUACCAACUUAAUGCGGCAUUUGCAAGCAGAGGCUGACAGGCUCCCGGGUGCACCAAUCCGUAUACACAGCUUUCAUCCCGGUGCGAUAUGGACACCAGCGACAGCCAGGGCUGGAGUGAUUAGGGAUGCAGUGGAAUGGGAUGAUAAAAGUUUGCUGAGUGGAUUUGCGGCUUGGCUAACCCGCAAGGCAGCAUCUUUCUUGAAGAGGAGGUUCGUGCGGGCA